AUACUUUUGAAAUCCAAGCAAUUCAACAUAAUUCAGCUCAACCACCCACAAUCAAAAUUACAUCCUCUGGCAUCAUCAUUCAUGAUGUUCCCCUUGGCAUAACCAUUGCAGACAUUAAUAAUGCAGCUUCUACUAUAGGAAAAGUCAAAUCUAUAUCACUACGUGAAAAAGCCAGAUGGCAAACAGCACAUGUCAACUUUGAAGAAACAGACAAACAACUUGACAUACAAAAUAUCUGGGCAAUAACAAUCAAAAAAGAUAGCUGCAGAGUAUAUCCAAAAAACAACUUCCUUGAAAUCAAAGAAUACCGCAAUCAAUUUAUUAGCAAACUAACAAAUCUUUCACCAGGAUGUACAGCAUAUGAAUUAAAACAAUUACUUGACAAAAUCAAAGCAAAAACCUGCUUUAUUCCACAUACCAGAAAUAAAUACAACUGA